AUGGAAGGGAACGCCCCCGUCGCCGCAGCCGCCCAGUAUCAGCCGGCCAGCCCCCCGCGGGACGCCUGUGUCUACAACAGCUGCUACUGUGAAGAAAAUAUUUGGAAGCUCUGUGAAUACAUCAAAAACCACAACCAGUAUCCUUUAGAAGAGUGUUAUGCUGUCUUCAUAUCUAAUGAGAGGAAGAUGAUACCUAUCUGGAAGCAGCAGGCAAGACCCGGAGAUGGACCUGUCAUCUGGGAUUACCAUGUUGUCUUGCUUCAUGUUUCAAGUGGAGGACAGAGCUUCAUUUAUGACCUUGACACUGUCCUGCCAUUCCCCUGCCCCUUUGACACAUACGUGGAAGAUGCCUUUAAGUCUGACGAGGACAUCCAUCCACAGUUCAGAAGGAAAUUUAGAGUGAUCCGUGCAGACUCGUAUCUGAAGAACUUUGCUUCUGACCGAUCUCACAUGAAAGACUCCAGUGGGAACUGGAGAGAGCCUCCCCCGUCGUAUCCCUGCAUCGAGACUGGAGAUUCCAAGAUGAACCUGAAUGAUUUUAUCAGCAUGGAUCCUGAGGUCGGAUGGGGAGCCGUCUACUCUCUGUCUGAGUUUGUACAUCGGUUUAGCAGCCAGAACUACUGA